GUCCGAUGGCUGAUGUGAUCAAAAUAAGCCUGAUAAGAUAAAAAAAAAUUGCAGAAAGUUUUCCCUGGAGAACGAAUCAAACUCAUUCUGUCGCCAACCACGAUCUCCCACUGCCAUCCGACUCGAUUUGAGCUGGAAGCGAAAUGUCUCUCUGGAAAUCUGUCGGUAAUUGCAUCCUAGAGGGUGUUUCGAACGUUCCGGAUCUUGAUGCAUCAAAGCUCACCGUUAAACUUUCUGACUUCCUGAAACCUGUACCAGACAAUGAGUCGUUGGUUUUUGGUCACCACUGACCAUAUGCUGGUCGUCAGUUUCGAGCCUUCAACCGGAUGGUCCGCACCCGAAAUAAAACCCUAUGGCCCUCUCAGUCUGGAUCCGAUGAGCUCUUGCUUCCAGUACUGUACAAAUCUCUUUGAGGGAAUGAAGGCUUACAUGGGCCCAGAUGGGAAACCUCGUUUGUUCAGACCAGACAAGAACAUGGCACGUCUCGCAAGGUCCGCUGAGCGUGUUGCCUUGCCCCCAUUCAACACAGAAGCUCUCCUGACACUGAUAAAGCGCCUCGUUAUGAUUGAAAAGCGUUGGAUACCCACUGCCGAAGGACACAGCUUGUAUAUCCGUCCGACUAUUAUUGGAACGCGCGCCGCUUUGGGUGUUGCUGCUUCCGAUCAAGCGCUUCUCUACGUGAUCCUGUCUCCAACAGGUCCCUACUUCCGUACAGGCCCCAAACCACUUUCUCUUCUUGCCGUGAACGAGAACGUGCGCGCUUGGCCUGGGGGAACAGGUGGCCACAAGCUUGGAUUAAACUAUGCGCCUGGGUUCCUUCCCCAGCGCCUUGCGGCGAAGAAAGGCUACGAUCAAAUUCUGUGGCUCCUUGGAGACGCCGUCACUGAAGCUGGCGCCAUGAACUUCUUUGUUGUCAUCAAGCGGGACGACGAGGAUGGCAUGGACGUCGUCACUCCAGAGCUAGACGGUACAAUUCUUCCUGGAGUAACCCGCAUGUCUGUUUUGGACCUCAUGCAGGCACAUAAUGAAGGCCGGACGAGUCUGAACGGAUUGCCCAAGCUUCAUACGCAGGAGAGAAAGGUGACCAUGUCUGAAUUGCAGAAGCUGAGCGAGGAAGGCAAGUUACUGGAAGCGUAUGGAGUGGGGACGGCGGUUAUUGUGGCGCCUGUUGGGAAGGUUGGUUUUGAAAGUGGUGAUUUGACGUUGCCAGCCCAUGAGAAAGGGUUAGGUCCAGUGGGGAAUGCACUCUGGCGUAGACUGGUAGACAUUCAGGAAGGUCGAGUGCAGUGGGAGAACUGGGGAGUUCUUUGCGAAGGCGCUUAAAGCUCACGUAUCUAGACAGUUAUAGAUCUGAAAGCAUCUUGUUUACUUAC